CCUGGCUGCCUGCUGAGGUGUCCAGAAGGGAAGGAGCGAGCUCACCACACAGGGCUGCUGUGGCUGGGAGCUGGGUACGACUCAAUCCUUCAGCUGGAGAGCCGUGCUGAGGGAAGAGAAGCGUUGGCACUACUGCCAGCGGGGACCCAAAGCUACCAAGAGGCAUCCUGCAGAGCCCAACCCUGGAAGGAGACAACAGUGAGACCAUGGAGGGCAGAGAACCUCCGCCAAGGGGCUCUAAGCCAGAGAUGACCGACAAGAUGUCGAGCUUCCUUCAUAUUGGAGAUAUUUGUUCUCUCUAUGCAGAGGGCUCAACCAAUGGAUUUAUUAGCACUUUGGGCCUUGUGGAUGACCGGUGUGUUGUACAGCCAGAAGCAGGUGACCUUAAUAACCCACCCAAAAAGUUCAGAGAUUGCCUGUUCAAACUAUGUCCCAUGAACCGGUACUCUGCUCAAAAACAGUUCUGGAAAGCAGCAAAGCCGGGAGCAAACAGCACGACAGAUGCAGUGCUACUCAACAAACUGCACCAUGCGGCCGAUUUGGAAAAGAAGCAGAACGAAACUGAAAACAGGAAGCUGCUGGGAACAGUUAUCCAGUAUGGCAAUGUCAUCCAGCUGCUUCACUUAAAAAGUAACAAAUACUUAACAGUAAAUAAGAGGCUGCCGGCUCUACUAGAGAAGAAUGCCAUGAGGGUGACCUUGGAUGAAGCUGGAAAUGAAGGCUCCUGGUUCUACAUACAGCCAUUCUACAAGUUGCGCUCCAUUGGAGACAGUGUGGUCAUUGGAGACAAAGUAGUCCUGAAUCCUGUCAAUGCUGGCCAACCUCUUCAUGCUAGUAGCCAUCAGCUUGUUGAUAAUCCGGGAUGCAAUGAGGUCAACUCUGUGAAUUGCAAUACAAGCUGGAAAAUAGUCCUGUUCAUGAAAUGGAGCGAUAAUAAAGACGACAUCCUCAAAGGGGGGGAUGUAGUAAGAUUGUUUCAUGCAGAGCAGGAGAAGUUUCUGACCUGUGAUGAGUACAAGAAGAAGCAGCACGUCUUCCUGAGAACAACGGGGAGGCAGUCUGCCACUUCUGCAACCAGCUCAAAAGCACUGUGGGAGGUAGAGGUGGUACAGCAUGAUCCUUGCCGUGGUGGUGCAGGGUACUGGAACAGCCUUUUCAGGUUCAAACACCUUGCUACUGGACACUACUUAGCAGCAGAGGUAAACCCUGACUAUGAGGAAGAUGACCAGGAGUGUCAAUCCUCACAGGACCCUGAGCAGGAUGCCUCCAGAAGAGGCCUACGCAGUGCUCAGGAGAAGAUGGCAUAUUCUCUGGUGUCUGUGCCUGAAGGAAAUGAUAUCUCCUCCAUAUUCGAGUUGGACCCCACCACCCUGCGAGGAGGGGACAGCCUUGUCCCCAGGAACUCUUAUGUCAGACUUAGACACCUUUGCACUAACACCUGGGUUCAUAGUACAAAUAUCCCUAUUGAUAAAGAAGAAGAGAAACCUGUGAUGCUUAAGAUUGGUACUUCUCCAGUAAAAGAGGACAAAGAAGCUUUUGCUAUAGUACCAGUUUCUCCUGCAGAGGUUCGGGACUUGGACUUUGCCAAUGAUGCAAGUAAGGUCUUAGGUUCCAUUGCUGGCAAACUGGAAAAGGGAACAAUAACCCAGAAUGAAAGACGAUCUGUUACCAAAUUGUUGGAGGAUUUGGUCUACUUUGUUACUGGUGGAACUAAUUCUGGGCAAGACGUCCUUGAAGUGGUAUUUUCCAAACCUAAUAGAGAACGGCAAAAACUGAUGAGAGAGCAGAAUAUUCUAAAGCAGAUUUUCAAGUUGUUACAAGCGCCAUUCACGGACAGCGGCGAUGGCCCCAUGCUGCGCUUGGAGGAGCUUGGAGACCAGCGUCACGCUCCCUUCAGGCACAUAUGCCGGCUGUGCUACAGGGUGCUGAGGCAUUCUCAGCAGGAUUACAGGAAGAAUCAGGAAUACAUUGCAAAGCAAUUUGGCUUCAUGCAGAAACAAAUUGGCUAUGAUGUCUUGGCUGAGGACACUAUUACAGCACUGCUUCAUAACAAUCGCAAGCUCCUGGAGAAACACAUCACAGCUGCUGAGAUUGAUACCUUUGUUAGUCUUGUGAGGAAAAAUAGGGAGCCCAGGUUUUUGGAUUAUCUCUCAGAUCUGUGCGUUUCCAUGAACAAGUCUAUUCCAGUAACACAGGAGCUGAUUUGUAAAGCCGUACUGAAUCCAGCAAAUGCAGACAUACUCAUUGAAACAAAGCUGGUCCUCUCCCGAUUUGAAUUUGAAGAAGUGUCAAGUGGAGAAAAUGCCUUGGAAGUUGGAGAAGAUGAGGAAGAAGUGUGGCUGUUCUGGAGAGACAGUAACAAGGAAAUCCGCAGUAAGAGUAUCAGAGAGCUGGCUCAGGAUGCUAAGGAAGGACAGAAAGAAGAUCGGGAUGUGCUCAGCUAUUACAGAUACCAGCUAAACCUCUUUGCUAGAAUGUGCCUUGAUCGACAGUACUUAGCCAUAAAUGAAAUUUCUGGCCAGCUGGAUGUGGAUCUCAUUCUCCGCUGCAUGUCUGAUGAAAACUUGCCAUAUGAUUUGAGAGCCUCUUUCUGCCGGCUGAUGCUGCACAUGCAUGUUGAUCGUGACCCCCAGGAACAAGUUACACCAGUGAAGUACGCACGGCUGUGGUCUGAGAUACCUUCUGAAAUUGCAAUUGAUGACUAUGAUAGCAGCGGAACUUCCAAAGAUGAAAUUAAAGAGAGAUUUGCACAAACAAUGGAAUUUGUGGAGGAAUAUUUAAGAGACGUGGUGUGUCAGAGAUUCCCUUUCUCUGAUAAAGAGAAGAAUAAGCUCACUUUUGAGGUGGUUAACUUAGCCAGAAAUCUGAUAUAUUUUGGUUUCUACAACUUCUGUGACCUCCUCAGGCUAACCAAAAUCCUCCUUGCUAUAUUAGACUGUGUGCACAUCACUACCAUAUUUCCUAUUACCAAAAUGGCAAAAGGCGAGGAAAGCAAAGGGAGCAAUGUGAUGAGAUCGAUCCAUGGAGUCGGUGAGCUGAUGACCCAGGUGGUGCUGAGAGGUGGGGGGUUCUUACCCAUGACACCACUUGCUGCUGCUCCUGAGGGCAAUGUCAAGCAGACAGAGCCAGAGAAGGAGGACAUCCUGGUGAUGGAUACGAAGCUGAAGAUCAUUGAAAUACUUCAGUUCAUUUUGAAUGUGAGACUGGACUACAGAAUCUCCUGCCUACUUUGUAUAUUUAAACAUGAAUUUGAUGAAAGCAACGCUCAGAUGUCUGAGUCACCCACUGGAAGCAGUAGUCAAGAAAUGCCAGCAAAUGUUCCAGGAGCCCUAGACUUUGAACAUAUUGAAGAACAAGCUGAAGGAAUCUUCGGUGGAAGUGAGGAGAAUACACCAUUGGAUUUGGAUGAUCACGGUGGCAGAACAUUCCUCAGGGUUCUGUUGCAUUUAACGAUGCAUGAUUAUCCUCCGCUGGUCUCCGGGGCACUCCAGCUUCUCUUCCGUCACUUCAGUCAGAGACAAGAAGUUCUUCAAGCUUUCAAGCAGGUUCAACUGCUUGUUACCAGCCAAGAUGUUGACAACUACAAGCAGAUAAAACAAGAUUUGGACCAACUGAGGUCUAUUGUGGAAAAAUCCGAGCUUUGGGUGUACAAAGGCCAGGGCCCUGAUGAGACCAUGGAUGGAGUGCCAGGUGAAAAUGAACACAAGAAAAAAGAGGAAGGUCACAGCAAGUCACAGAAGCCUGAAAGUACGAGCAGCUACAACUACCGCGUAGUAAAAGAGAUCCUGCUCCGGCUCAGCAAACUGUGUGUCCAGGAGAGCGCCUCGGUCCGGAAGAGCCGCAAGCAGCAGCAACGACUGCUGAGGAACAUGGGAGCACAUGCAGUUGUGCUUGAAUUGCUGCAGAUCCCAUAUGAAAAGGCUGAAGACACGAGGAUGCAGGAGAUAAUGAAGCUUGCACACGAGUUUUUACAGAACUUUUGUGCUGGCAAUCAGGAAAACCAGGCUCUGCUGCACAAACACCUCAACCUGUUCCUUAACCCAGGGAUUCUGGAAGCAGUAACAAUGCAGCACAUUUUCAUGAACAACUUCCAGCUUUGCAGUGAGAUUAAUGAACGCGUUGUUCAACACUUUGUCCACUGUAUAGAAACACAUGGCAGAAAUGUUCAGUACAUCAAGUUCCUGCAGACGAUUGUCAAGGCGGAAGGAAAAUUCAUUAAGAAAUGCCAAGAUAUGGUAAUGGCUGAGCUGGUGAAUGCAGGAGAAGACGUCCUAGUGUUCUACAAUGACAGAGCCUCCUUCCAGACUUUGGUGCAAAUGAUGAGAUCAGAGAGGGAUCGGAUGGAUGAGAACAGCCCGCUGAUGUACCACAUCCACUUGGUAGAACUGCUUGCUGUGUGCACAGAAGGCAAGAACGUCUACACAGAAAUAAAAUGCAACUCUCUCCUUCCUCUGGAUGACAUUGUUAGGGUAGUAACCCAUGAGGAUUGCAUACCUGAGGUUAAAAUUGCGUACAUCAACUUCUUGAAUCAUUGCUAUGUGGACACAGAAGUAGAAAUGAAAGAGAUUUACACCAGUAAUCAUAUGUGGAAGCUAUUUGAGAACUUCCUGGUUGACAUCUGUCGGGCUUGCAACAACACCAGCGACAGAAAGCAUGCUGACUCCAUAUUGGAGAAGUACGUUACAGAAAUAGUGAUGAGUAUCGUCACCACUUUCUUCAGUUCCCCGUUCUCUGAUCAGAGCACUACUUUGCAGACUCGCCAGCCUGUGUUUGUACAGUUGCUGCAAGGCGUGUUCAGAGUUUACCAUUGCAACUGGUUGAUGCCAAGCCAAAAGGCAUCAGUGGAAAGCUGCAUUCGGGUGCUCUCAGAUGUAGCAAAAAGCCGAGCCAUUGCAAUUCCUGUGGACUUGGACAGUCAGGUCAACAAUCUCUUCCUGAAAUCCCACAAUAUUGUGCAGAAGACUGCAAUGAACUGGCGAAUGACUGCAAGGAAUGCUGCCCGCAGAGAUUCUGUGCUUGCUGCUUCCAGGGAUUAUCGAAACAUAAUUGAAAGAUUACAGGACAUUGUAUCAGCUCUAGAGGAUCGUUUACGUCCUCUUGUCCAAGCAGAGCUGUCAGUACUGGUAGAUGUGCUUCACAGACCUGAGCUGCUCUUCCCAGAGAACACAGACGCAAGAAGGAAAUGUGAAAGCGGAGGUUUCAUUUGCAAAUUAAUAAAGCAUACUAAACAGCUGCUAGAGGAGAACGAAGAGAAACUAUGUAUUAAAGUAUUACAGACACUCAGGGAAAUGAUGACCAAAGAUAGAGGCUAUGGAGAAAAGCAGAUUACCAUUGAAUUGGAUAAUGCUGAGCUGCCGCAACCUCCAGAAGCGGAAAGCUCCGUAGAGCAGCAGGAGCUUGAUCAAAGUCCACCACAGAGGCAACUGGAGGAUCAUAGAAGGGGCGAGGCACUCCGGCAAGUUUUGGUCAACCGUUACUAUGGCAACGUCAGGCCUGCGGGACGGAGGGAGAGCCUCACCAGCUUCGGCAACGGGCCACUGUCUGCUGGCAGCACCAGCAAGGCCGGGGCAGGAGGAGGAAGCUCUGGAUCGAGUUCAGUGAGCCGAGGUGAGAUGAGUUUGGCAGAUGUUCAGUGUCAUCUGGAUAAAGAAGGUGCAUCCAACCUGGUCAUAGACCUCAUCAUGAAUGCCACCAGCGACAGAGUCUUCCAUGAGAGCAUCCUACUUGCCAUUGCCCUUCUGGAAGGAGGCAACACUACAAUACAGCAUUCGUUCUUCUGCCGACUAACAGAAGAUAAGAAAUCCGAAAAGUUCUUUAAGGUUUUUUAUGAUCGCAUGAAAGUAGCACAGCAAGAAAUCAAGGCUACUGUCACAGUCAACACGAGUGACUUGGGAAAUAAGAAGAAAGAUGAAGACUCAGACAGAGAUGCUCCCAACAGAAAAAGAGAACAAAGUUCAGAGGUCAAUGGUGCCCUGCCCUGGGAUUUCAGGAGCUCCAUUCCCACUUCAUCCACUUUAAGGGAGCCUAUGAGCCAAAUUACAGAGGAAGUCCGGGAUCAGUUACUGGAGGCCUCUGCAGCUACAAGAAAAGCGUACAGCACCUACCGGAGGGAAGCUGAUUCUGAUGACCAUUAUUCAGCAGCAGAAGGAGCACAGUCAGCAGCAGACAAGAGCAAAGAUGACCUGGAGAUGAGCGCUGUGAUCUCCAUAAUGCAACCCAUCCUCCGCUUCUUGCAGCUUCUCUGUGAGAACCACAAUCGGGAUUUGCAGAAUUUCCUCCGCUGCCAGAACAACAAGACCAACUACAACCUGGUGUGUGAGACGCUGCAGUUCCUGGACUGCAUCUGUGGAAGCACAACAGGAGCUGGGCUUCUGGGGCUUUACAUCAAUGAGAGAAACGUAGCGCUGAUCAACCAGACGCUGGAAAGCUUGACUGAGUACUGCCAAGGGCCCUGCCACGAAAACCAGAACUGUAUUGCUACGCAUGAGUCCAAUGGUAUUGACAUCAUCACAGCAUUAAUUCUCAAUGAUAUCAACCCUUUGGGAAAGAAGAGGAUGGACCUCGUAUUAGAACUGAAGAACAAUGCUUCAAAGUUGCUCUUGGCGAUCAUGGAGAGCAGGCAUGACAGUGAGAAUGCAGAGAGGAUUCUCUACAACAUGAGGCCCAAAGAGCUGGUGGAAGUGAUAAAGAAGGCAUAUCUACAGGGCGAAGUAGAGUUUGAGGAUGGAGAGAAUGGAGAAGAUCUUGCAGCAUCUCCUAGGAACGUGGGACACAACAUUUAUAUAUUAGCUCAUCAGUUGGCUCGUCACAACAAAGAGCUGCAGAACAUGCUGAAGCCGGGAGGUCAGAUUGAGGGAGACGAGGCUCUGGAGUUCUAUGCCAAGCACACGGCACAGAUUGAGAUUGUCAGGUCAGACCGUACGAUGGAGCAGAUCGUCUUCCCUGUGCCCAAUAUAUGUGAAUUCCUCACCAAGGAGUCCAAGCUGCGGAUAUAUUACACCACGGAGAGGGAUGAACAAGGCAGUAAGAUCAAUGAUUUCUUCAUGAAAUCUGAAGACCUCUUUAAUGAGAUGAACUGGCAAAAGAAAUUACGAGCUCAGCCUUUCCUGUACUGGUGUGCUCGCAACAUGUCCUUCUGGAGCAGUAUUUCCUUUAACCUGGCUGUCCUCAUGAACCUGCUGGUAGCAUUUUUCUACCCAUUCAAAGGAAUUCGAGGAGGUACUUUGGAACCCCACUUGUCAGGCUUGUUGUGGACAGCUAUGCUGAUUUCCCUGGCUAUAGUCAUUGCUCUUCCUAAGCCCCACGGCAUCCGAGCCUUAAUAGCUUCUACAAUAUUACGACUAAUAUUUUCAGUUGGUUUACAGCCUACUUUAUUUCUUCUGGGUGCGUUCAACGUUUGUAACAAAAUCAUUUUUCUGAUGAGUUUUGUGGGUAACUGUGGAACCUUCACUAGAGGAUACAAGGCAAUGAUCAUGGACGUAGAAUUUCUUUAUCAUCUGCUGUACCUCCUGAUUUGUGCUCUGGGGCUCUUUGUACAUGAAUUCUUCUAUAGUUUGCUGCUUUUUGACUUGGUGUACCGAGAGGAGACCUUACUGAAUGUCAUCAAGAGCGUCACCCGCAAUGGGCGCUCCAUCAUCCUGACCGCUGUGCUCGCGCUCAUCCUCGUGUACCUGUUCUCCAUCGUGGGGUACCUGUUCUUCAAAGAUGACUUUAUCCUGGAAGUAGACAAGCUCCCCAAUGAAACGUUAUUGCCAGAUCGAACAGAACCAGGUGAAACCAUGACAGGGGAGUUUCUCUAUUCAGAUGUGUGCAAAGCGGGUAGCAGUGAGAACUGUUCUUCCAUCGUUCCUUCGGAUCAACUGAUUGCUGAAGAAAUGGAAGAAGAGAAUAAAGAGCAUACGUGUGAGACGUUACUGAUGUGCAUUGUUACUGUACUGAGUCAUGGGCUCAGGAGUGGGGGUGGAGUAGGUGAUGUGCUCAGGAAACCAUCCAAAGAGGAACCUCUCUUUGCUGCUAGAGUGAUAUAUGAUCUGUUAUUCUUCUUCAUGGUCAUCAUUAUUGUCCUUAACCUGAUUUUUGGUGUGAUCAUUGAUACUUUUGCUGAUUUAAGGAGUGAAAAACAGAAGAAAGAAGAGAUUUUAAAAACAACUUGCUUUAUUUGUGGUUUGGAAAGAGAUAAGUUUGAUAACAAGACGGUUUCAUUUGAGGAGCAUAUUAAGGAAGAGCACAACAUGUGGCAUUAUUUGUGCUUUAUUGUAUUAGUGAAAGUGAAAGAUUCAACGGAAUAUACAGGACCAGAAAGUUAUGUGGCAGAAAUGAUCAAGGAGCGAAACCUGGACUGGUUCCCCCGGAUGCGAGCCAUGUCACUGGUCAGCAAUGAAGGGGAAGGGGAGCAGAACGAGCUGAGGAACCUGCAGGAGAAGCUGGAGUCCACUAUGAAGCUGGUGACCAACCUCUCUGGGCAGCUGUCAGAGCUGAAAGACCAGAUGACUGAACAGAGGAAGCAGAAACAGCGCAUCGGUCUCCUAGGACACCCUCCUCCCAUGAAUGUGAACCCACAGCAACCAGCAUAAGUCAGAAGGGUCGCUUCUCCCUCUCGCAGCAACGUGAAUAACGCUCGCCGAGUCCAGAUCCAACCACUGAGGCUGCUUCCGUGUACGUUUAGUUCAUCUUGUAAAUACCCUGUUUUUAUACUGUAUGUAUAUGACUGCUACUAUAUAAAGUUUGGGGCAUACGUAUUGUAAUUUAGAACUGUUGGCACACGCCGGAGGUUAAGCUUGUGCCAAAACUAUCAAAAUUGCCUUUUUAUUGGAAGGACUGAAGAGAGCACCUGAAUUGCACUUGAAAAGAAUAUUUGACUACGUGACAUGUAUUUUGUAUUUAAAGAAUAGAAUAGCUGGUAUUUAUGUUUUUAUACAAUUGUGCAAUAUGAAUUAUGCAAUCACAAUAUAUUUGUAACUCCUGAAUGCCCUGAAGGGAGUGCACAUCUUUGAACCUGGUGUGUUAGUACAAUGUAAUAAAUGGUAUAAAGUUACCGGUGUAAAUGAGGCUGCUGCAAAAUCGUGUUACUGGUGAUUUUUCAUACCCUUGGACAUUUUUGUACCAUGUGUGUAAAUAUCUUGCAAUGCCACAUCUGUUGCCUCUUCCUCCCAGGGAUGAUGCUGGGAAUCCAUGAGCUGUUAAAUCGAUAUCAGUUAAAACUAAACCUUACUUUUGAAGUUUCCAAAGGGGGGAAAAGAAGAGGUAUUUUUUCAAGUGAUUUCUUCAGAGGCUGAGAGAGCUCAGAUAUUGGGUUUUAUAAAAGGUGAGAUUUCUUAAAGGGAACUUUUUAUGCAAAACGAAGUUUGGGAUGAGCAUGCACUGCUGGAGAGUCGGUGCAGCCUCUUGCAGGCGCUCUGUGCUGUGACACAAAGCCCCGUCGUGAGGCUGCCCAGGCUUUGUGUUCCUCACUGCAGACCUUUUCCUUUUGUUUUUCCGUGAGAAACCUCCGUGCCUGCCGGAGCUUUUUGCAGACAGGCAUUGCACCAAUUGAUCCCGUUAGGACCGUAGGUGAGCACUGACAUAUGUAAUGCUUAUGAGAGAGCCACUGUUCUGAGGUUGUUUUGUCCAACCCCCGUUCUCUCCCUCCAUUUGGUCACUUUGUUUGGUUUCUGAUUCUAGAAAGUAUGAGGAGCCUUUUGUUUUCUCCAGUCCAUUGCAUUGUUUUAUACAUGGACCUCCUUUUACAAAAGCUGACUUCUCUGCAAUACUGUCUAGAAAAAAGAAAAAAAGGAAAAAAAAAAAAAAAAAAGAGCUACAAACAGAGCUAUGAAAAUUUGUAAAUGCAUAAAUAUAGGUAUUUAAAUAAAUGAUGCAAAAUCCCA